GUUGUUGUUCCGACACCAUCUUUUCUGGAGGAUCGCCGUCCAUACUAUGAAGACAGACAGCACAUUGAUAAGCAUGUGCUGGAGAUGAAUAUAGUGUACCAGUACUCACCGUUCCAUACCGCGGAUGCGUUAUUUUCGCAGUUUGCACGAAUUACAAGUACUGCUGGCACACUGGUUGUUUGCUUUAACCUUCGACGUAUCGAAGGUGGCUCGUAUGAGAUGGAUUUCGCAACGGAUGUACAUGAUGUUCGCCUCUCUGAGUAUCUACCACAAAGUACACUGUUCAAACCACGAAUGUAUCGGUAUCAGGCAAAAAAUUUGAAGGCAUGUGUGGAGCGUGAGCUGGAGAAAUGCGAAAAGAAAGCGCUGGAACGUAAGCUGUAA